AGCGACAUGACGCUUCGUUACUACACAUGUUCGUCGUCGUAUUCUCUUCGUCGUCGUUCGCUUCUUGUCACCUUACAGUAUUCGUAGUUGAUACAAACGUACGUACGGGUCUAAGGUAGUCGUACUACAUAUAUCUGAAAUAUUUUACUUUCAGAACAUGGCAGAACAGUAUCACUUAAAGCUUGGUCCAAAUGCAUCAUCGUCUAUCGAUCAAUAUUUAGAGUACAAACGAAUAGUUGGUGAUGAUGAUGGUGGUAAAUUGUUUUCUCCAGAGGAGUAUGAAGAAUACAAAAAGAAUGUCAUACCGAUUAGAAUGCAAAACCGUCUGUAUGUCAGCUGGACUGGCCCAAGUGGAAUGGACUGUAAACUAAUUGGACCAGAAACACUAUGCUUCUGUCAACACAGAUAUAAGCAGCAUAAAUCGGACUUUAAAGACAUUCCAGCUGAACGACCAAUUCAAUUGCCUUGUAAAGUUCGAGGAUGCAAAUGUUCUUCUUACAACUAUGUUCCACGCGUUGGUAGUCAACCAAUACGCUGUCGAUGCAAGCAUACGUCAGAAGACCAUUCUGAAGGACCAUCUCAUAAAUGCAAAAUAUCAAAAUGUAAUUGUGUUGCAUUCCGAAGCUCUUACACAUGUUCAUGCACACAACCAGCAUUUGCACAUGAUAUGAUCGUAGAGACAAAAGAGGAACGUUUAGCACGAGGUCAUCCAGUUGGCAGAGACAUACCUUAUGCUGCAAUGGGUGGUAUUACUGGUUUCAGCUCUUUAGCGGAAGGCUAUAUGAGGCUUGAUGAUAGCGGUGUAGGAACCCCAGAUGAUGCAUUUCUUAAUCAGCCAAUCACCUCGUCUGACCAUCCAUUCUUAAAGAUGCAUGCUUCAACUCUAAGGAAGUUAGAAGGAGAGGGAAGUGGUGUGGACCAGGUUUCAGAUGAACUGGCUAACUUCAAGUUCACAGGCACAGAUGCAGAUAUGGAAUAUUAUGAAAAAAGAUAUCAGCAAAGAUUAAAAGAUGAAAGAGCUAGAGCAAGAAAUGGCCCUACAACCAUCAAGCCAAAUCAUCGCCAUAGAGCAGUUGCUGGUGCUAGUCAAAGCACUGCAUCCAGAAAGGCAUCAACAAGUAGUUCAAGGAGAAUUGUAACAAAUAGUGGAAGAGCUGGUGGUUCAACAAAAAGCACUAGUAGAGGUGGUAAGGCAGGCUCAAGCUCUAAUUGAAUUAAAAUGUCUAAUAACCAGUUACAGGUAUAUACAUAAGGGUAUUGACAUUGGGGUGGGGUGUAAAAGUUAGGGGGCUUGAUGUUAAAGUGAAGGGGAAUGAGCUGUCAAAAUAAGGUGGUAUGAGGUGAUCUGUAACUACUUGAGCGUAAUUUAUUUGCUCGGCAAAUUUCCAGUGAGGAGGAGUGCGCACAUGUGCAGGACCAAGCUUUUUUGGAGAAGGCAUGUUCCCCCACACUCCCCUGUACAUUCACCACUGAUAGUACAGUAAUAAUUUCCUUUCCACACCAGAAUUUCAACUUUAUCACCUCUUCCUAAGACCAUGCAACAUGCUACUGACUUUUAUGAUGAUCUAUUUGCAUAUUUCUGAUCAAAAAGACAGACAACUUAAGUGAAUACAUAACCUUCAUGACAGAGGUAAUGAUGAAUGUAGUCAUCCAAGAGAAAUAAAAACUGUAGAUUGGGAAUCGAAAAAGUGGGUGAAUCUUACAAGGCAGUCACAAAUACAGCAAUAAUAACGACUGUAGAAGCAGCAGGAUUUAAAAAUUUUUUUUAUUUGAACCAUAAUAUUAUGUUGAACCAUCAAAGACGAUAUAUGAUGACUUCGACCAAUUAUACAUUUUUUACAAAAAUAUGUGCAAUAUUUCUAGACAUUUUAAAUGAUAGCUUUAUAGCACAUCUGAUGCACUGUGAGACUACAACAUCAGUUAAGAUUAAGUAAAUUAAUUCAUAUUGUACAUCUCUUAAAAGUAAGAGAUGCAUGCUCUACAGUAUUAUUUUGAGCGAUAGAUAAAAUAUUAUGUAGCUAGGCAAACAGAAAAAUAUAGUUAACGACAUUCAUCUGAGGACUACUUGACACAACAGUCCUUUUUAUUUUAUUUGAACGUAACUUUUCUUGUGUGUGAUGUCCAUUGCAAUUUAAAAAGUUGUUGAGUGUCCCCUGUCGCCAUUCGCCAGCCAAUUGAUACUCAUUGUGUGGAUGGUCACGUUAACAGACGAUGUAACAUACUUUUGAAGAAUGAUAAUGCAGAUAAAUGCAUUCAUGACAUAAUGUACAAUCAUCUCAAUUGAUGAUGAUAUAGACUAUAAUGGAAUUUUUUGUAUCGGGUAUGUGCGAUUUACAUUUUAUAUUGAGGGCAGCUUAUAUCCAGUAAGUUAAACUUGUGUAAAGCCAAUGUGCGUGUGCUGAACCAUGGAAAUCUCUGUGCUGUUCAAAUCCCAUCGCUGCUCUCCUUGUGUUUCUGCUGAGGGAGGAAAUGCAUGUUUCAUUUACUGCAUUGUCUUUCGAAUGAGACGUUUAAGCCGUUGUUUCCUUGUGUUAUAUGGCCCAUGUGCACGUUAAAGAACACAGUAUACACUCUUUGGAAAAUAGUAUGAGAUUGUCUCCCUGUCUACUGCAUGCCCAGUCAUCACCAGAAGGACCCAUUGUAAAUACUGUCUUCUUCAGACUUUCCUGGAUUAUUCUUGGUGUUUACUCCGAAUAAAUCCAAAUCCAUUUUGGUCCUGUUUUAAGCGCUGUGAGGCCGACUGGGUAUAGAAUAAAUUUAAUACCCACGAGAUUAAAUGAAUAUAUUUUUAUUCAUAAGGCCUUUCUCUGCGACAAAAUGGCUUAAAUAUUUUCAAAUUUACAUUAAACGAUAAAUGUUGUUGGCCUCAACCAACUUAAUAUUGCACAAGAUUUUCCACGACGUCAUAUCAGAUAAUAAAUUUAGGAAGACAGUUAUUGUGUUGUUAAAUCUCUAAAGUGCAUUUAUUUUGCACGGAGAAUGUACCAACAAUGGGUGCAACCUAAACUCUAUAAGAUAAUAAGAUCGUAGAUUUCAGAUUUUGUAUCAUCUUCAUCCUGUUAUGUACCGAGUUAUGGAAUUGUAUGAUAUAAAGUGCAUAUAUUUUGUACACCGAGAAUAUACCGACAAUGGCGCAACCUAAACUCUAUAACAUAAUAAGAUCUAAUGCAGUUAAAAGAAAGAUCGUAGACUUCAGAUUUGGUGAUAUAUAUUUAUUACGUUGGGUAUUACAUCAUCUUCCUCCUCUUGUGUACCAAGUUACGGAAUUGUAUGAUAUAAUAACAUAAUCAAUAAAGAUAUCCACAUAUAAAUUAUUUGUGAUUUUUUGCCAAUUUAUUCUCCAGAUUACCAUCUACAGCAGGACCUUGGAAAAUACAUAGACAACAAGCCGGAUAAUAUACCGUAGGCUUAAUAAAUUAAUAAACAAAGUAACUGAAUGAGUGGCCUGCUGGAAGGCAACAAUAUGAUAAUUGCUUUUGAUAUAUCAAUACAUGAGGUCUUUGUUGUUAAUAAUAAUCAAAAUUAAUUUUAAUGCUAAACAUCAACGCCAAUAAGAAAUGAGGAAAAAAUUAUGUAGGUCUGUUAUAUGGAUAUGAUGACGCAAAUGACGACGAUGUUGGCAAUAAAUAUGAAAAUAGUGACGUAAUGUUGAUCGAAAUGACGAAUAUGACAACGGCGGCGGAAGCGAGGGACAGUGGGCCAUCCCCCCCCCCCACUUUUGUGACUGUUCCCAGCACCAGUGACAAAUAUUCAACAAACGCUAUGCAAUGUCAUUAUUAUUAUUAUUAUUUGGUGCUUAAAUACCUUGUUUAUUUGGCCUUAUAAAUCAACCUAUUGUUGUUAUACAGUAUAGUUUUUUUUUUUUUGUUUUUUUUUUUCAUUUUCAUUUUCAAACAAGUUCCCUUUUUUGAGUUGAACAACCAGAUGUCUGCAAACGCGCAUGAAGAAAAGAUCGGAGCAUGAAGAAAAGAAUGGAAUCGCCUGCCUUGCGUGAAUUUUGUAUUUGACACAGGGCAGAGGUAUAGCACUUUUUAUGGAGCGACGCUCUUUUCUCUUUAUGUUAACCAUGAAGAUGUAACUGAUUGGCUUACAGUAUACCAUCAAACUAACCUAAUAUAUAACCACAUUCCUUCUAAUUUAACGAAAACAAGAUCCUUAAGAGGCCAUUUAUUAAAAUAAAGUUAUCUGAAGGUUAACUACAGAUUACAGUUAAGGUAGGCCUAUUAUACGUUGUAAAAACUAUUGAAUAAACAAAAUCUUUCGACUAAAAAAAAAAAAUUUCGCUUGAUAUUAUGGAUUAGUCAUUUGUGAAACAAAGUGAUAGGCUAUGUAAAGUGUUAUAUUGAACAGUGACAGAUUCAAGGGGGAGCCCAGUCGGCACGGGUCCACCAUCCUAAUUCUUUCAAAAUUAUUUUUUUAAAUGGAGAAAACAGACAAAAAAUUGUAUUCCGACUUCCUGGACCCGCCACAAUUGAAGUACCAUUUCCGGGCUCUUAUAAGAUUAAUUUUUAUCCAUCGGGGAAAAGAGAAGGUUUCGUCAGGGAAUACCCUUAUCAAGGAUACCCCUUAUGAUAAAUAAUUCAUUGUGAUCGUGGAUGCAAUCUUGAUUUCCACUUUGUUCGGAGAUUACAACAAAUAUGCAGUCAUAUUAGAGUAGCUUGAUGUUAAUGUAGGCGAUGACGUAUGUGAUGAUGGGGUUAACGAUGAUUAUGAUGUUCAGACUUCGUAUUUUUAAAGAUCUUCAGAAGGCGGGAAAAUACAAAUAUGAAUUUAGCAAAAUUUGUCUCCCAAAGCAUUAGCAGGUUAUUAAAGUGAGUGCUUUGUUGAGGUAAGGGUAAUUGUGUUUCUCAAUAUACAUUCUAAAUCAAUCGUGUUUCCAUUUAACUUCAAAAAAUUGUAAAGAAUGCGAUGUGGUAUCGACAGAUGCUUCAUUUAUUUGAAAAUUAUAUUUUUACGAUAAGCUGGCAAUGAUUACACAUUGAAGAUUACGGUACUAUAUUAAGCUAGGUUGAAAUGUUUGGCUACCAGAUACUCCUUCUUGAUUAUCACGAAUUCAUUGAUUAUGGAUCCUGCAUCGAAAUGUCCAGUCUCAUCAAUGUAAUAACCAUGUAUAGGUUAAUUGCAAUGAAGUAAAUAACGUAGCAUGUAAGAGAGGGUGAAUAGUUGCGAAUGCGGUAUAAUUUUGGAAGUGUAGAAUUUUGCAAAUUGGGCAGCAGCUUUAUUACAAAUAACAUUCCUAAAAUGGAAUGGAGGGUGAGAUGAUACUGGAUUUGGGGAGGAAUUAUUAAAGAAUUGUAAGAGUUAUGUACAGUGUUAUCUUGCUUGCAUCAGGGGUGGCGCCAGCGGGGGACGGGGCGGGGCCAUUCCCCCAACCCCACCGUCGGGGAAAAAACCACAUUUCGUCGGUGAGAAAAAAAAAGUAUUUACUUUUUAUAUAUUAUUAAGACCCAAAAUCGAUGAAAUAAGCCUUUAAAACCCUUAAAGUGUCAUAUUUUUUCCCUCAUGGAACUCUUUUCUGGGAGAUUUUGAGGCGACGCCUUGCCACUCCCACUUUUUUCGUCGGGGAAAUCGGUCCUCGGUCUCCCGUCGGGGACCUAGGACCCCCUCUGGGGACCCCCCUGUCGGGCAAAUAAUGGCACCACCAAUGGCUUGCAUGUACUGUAACUCUACAAAAUUGAAAUGGGAUAUGGAAAAAAUCAGAGGACGUCUGUUAUAAAUCAUUUUUGAGAUAUUAUUGUAGGCCUAGUGUGUGGAUAUUUUAAACCAAAAAUAGAACUCGAAUAUCAAACAGUUUUAAGAAGGUGAUUCAGACAAUAGAGGAUUGCUUAAUCUUCAUUGCUUAGCAAAACUAUGUUGUAAGGUUCAAGUCCGUGUUACCUGAGUCCGUUAUAUAAAUAAAAAAAAAAAUAAUCAGAACUAAUUCAUACUUUAUUACGUGAGCAAAUGCAAAUUAAUGUAAA